UGUUCUUUUUCUACGGUGCGGAGCCGCGGCGGAGAACCCUAGAGGCAGUCUUCUUCCGAGGGUUGUUUGAAGCCCGUGCGAAGAAAAACGAGUGGAUAGAUUUAAUACCGUUCAUUUUCCUCUUUCUCUUAAUGUUAUUCAACCAGGAUAUCUUGAUGGACGACCAAGGCGCGCUAGGAAUUCAAAACUGGGGAAGGUAUUACCGACCGCCGCCAUUAAAGGGAAACCUUGGCCUGCAACUAAUGCCCAAUGUUGGAGAACGCAUGACGAUGUCCUUUCUCUCCGACGGCCAUGGUGGCAGCUAUCCCCGUCGGGAAUGCGGCAUUCCCGAUUCUUUCUUUCCCAAAAGAGCCGUUUUUUCUCCAAAAGGCAUCCCUGAGCUCUCCUCAAUGCCGAUUGACUGUGCACGGGACACUUGGUACCAUAAUAAUGAUGAUAACGGUAAGAUUUUUCAUGUCUUCACAGGUAACCAUCAACAACACUCAAACAGCUACGGAGCACUUAUACCUGAAGCCACUGUGUCCUCUGCUGGACCCAGCGCCCAUACACUCCAGAUGCUGCAGCCGGUGGAUCCUCCAACGCAGGAAAAAGUAGCUGUCUUUCAGGAUCCUGAUGUUCCUCAGGUGGAGGCUGUCCCCUCGAAGAAGAGGUCCAAGGGCCAGGCUCGCCCCGUGAAGGACUCAAAGCAGAAAACAGCCAAAAAGGCUGUUGCAAACAGGGAAGAGUCUGCCAACUCUUCAGGGAGAAGGAGAUCUGCAAAUAAGAACUUGGAUAUGGUGAUUAAUGGGAUUGAUUUAGACUUGUCAGGAAUUCCUGCACCACUCUGUACUUGUACCGGCCAACCUCAGCAGUGCUAUAGGUGGGGUGCCGGUGGGUGGCAGUCAGCUUGUUGCACCACGAGCAUGUCCAUGUAUCCGUUGCCAAUGAGUACUAAGAGGAGAGGGGCUCGCAUUGCUGGGCGCAAGAUGAGUCAGGGUGCCUUCAAGAAAGUGUUGGAGAAGCUUGCAGGUGAAGGUCAAGAUUUCAGUAACCCAAUUGAUCUGAAACCUUUCUGGGCUAAGCAUGGUACCAAUAAGUUUGUGACAAUUAGGUAAUGAUUUGAGUAGUUUCUCGGCUUUGGUAAGGUUCACCAUUGAUGUGAGUCUGUUCUUUUGUUAUGCUUAUAAACUUGAAGCCCCUUUCUAAGGAUCAUGUGUCAGGGUGUAGCACUUAAUUUUGUUCAUGCAUAUCUAACAUGAGUUUUAUGGUCAAAAACUUUCUGGCUAA